AUGCAAAACACAUCAUUUGAGCAAACAGAUCCUUUUGACAACCCGAUCGAACAACUUCCUAAUAACAUCGGAAAGUAUCAGCGUGGACUUCUUCUUGGACAAACAUACGCCGGGUUCAUCUAUUCGGCUCUCGACACGGAGACUCGACACCUUGUCUCACUUAUUCAUGUCUAUCGGCGGUUUAGUCAACUUCAUUGGGAAGAUGUCGUCGAUUACCACAAAAAGGUGAAUCACACCAACGUGUUGACAGUGCAAGACCUAGUUCGAGAUGGUGACACCUGCAUUUUAAUCACUGAAUACUGCGGCUUCGGUCAAAUCAGCGACUACAUCUUUUCAUCAACGCGUUUCAAUGAAGAAACAGUCCAAAUCAUAGUGAUCCAACUCCUCAAUUUGAUCCACUACCUUUCUCUCAAUUCAAUUGUAUUCACACAUUUGAGAGUUUCUAACAUCUUCAUUAACACAGACGGAAAGGUAAAGUGCUUCGGCAUUUUUCCUGAAGAGUUUGCCAUCUGCUCGGGUCCAGUGUUCGUACCGCCAGACGCAUUCUUCGGGAACGACAAAAAGCCAAACGACUCGUGGGACGUGUGGGCACUUGGUGUUGUUAUUGUGGAGAUGAUGAAUGGGACAGCUCCAUUUGCUGAAAUGGCGGAUCUCUUAAAACUGUUUACUGUAGUGAAUGCGAAGAUCCCUCUUCCUAAAAGCGCAUCUGAUGGACUGAAGAAUUUACUUUCGUUGUGUCUAAAGAAAGAGGCGAAGAAGAGGUGUUCUAUAAGUGACGCGUUACAAGACCCCUGGGUCAAAGAUGUCAUUUGUGAAAGUGAUGUGCUCGAUAAAACAGCACUUGUCGACUAUUUAGAGAGUCAAGUUCCUUAUGACAAUUACAAUGUGAAAGGGGAGGAGAUCAAGAACUUCAUCGAAGAGUGUCCGUCCUUGAAACCGAUGAACGAAGAAACCUACCAAGAGAUCUCCGAGUUGACCAAUUUGAAGACGACGAGCGCGUUACUUGCAAAGAUCAAAACGGAAGUGCAAGAAUCCAAAGAUAUUGAAAAUGAAGAGGCGCGAACGAGUUGUCUUGCCUUUAUAGAAGCCAUGAAUAAACGCAUCGACCAAAUUGCAUAG